GGGCCAAUCGGGCGGCGCCGCGGCGCAUACGCAAUGAGCGCGCGCGGCGGGCUGCGCUGAGCCCAGCCAGGGGGCGGCCCGGGCGCCGGCCGCGCGCGUCCUCGGCGCCGGGGCGCGGUCUUUUUGGAUCCUCAAUUGAUCCAUGUUUCUGAACUCUUCCUUGUAACCUUCGAAGGCAGCCAAAAUGAAGUUGAAGCAUAACAUCAACCCCGUUCUUCUACAGUUCAUCAACUUGAUAAUCUUGGUGUACUCCUUUGUAACGUACAUUCCGUGGUACAUCCUUUCAGGAUCAAGGCAAGCUAUAGCAAAAGCCAAGCAGGUUAAAGCUAGACCUGUGAAUAACAAGCCUGGAGGUGCAUACAGAUCUGUGAACAGUCUGCACUGCUUAGCUUCUGUUUUAUAUCCUGGGUGUGACACACUCGACAAAGUUUUUAAAUAUGCUAAAACUAAAUAUAAGGACAAAAAACUCUUGGGAACACGUGAAAUCCUAAAGGAGGAAGAUGAAAUCCAGCCGUCAGGAAAAGUUUUUAAAAAGGUCAUCCUUGGCAAGUACACCUGGCUUUCAUAUGAAGAUGUAUACAUUAAAGCUGUUAAUUUUGGGAACGGCUUAGCAGUAUUGGGUCAGCAACCAAAGACUAACAUUGCUAUCUUCUGUGAGACAAGAGCCGAGUGGAUGAUUGCGGCGCAGGCCUGCUUCAUGUGCAACUACCAGCUUGUGACUCUCUACGCCACGCUGGGGGGCCCAGCAAUUGUACAUGGGCUCAACGAAACGGAGGUGACCACCAUCAUUACCAGUAAAGAACUGAUGCAAACAAAAUUGAAGGAAAUUGUUUCUCAAGUUCCGUUGCUGCGACACAUCAUCACAGUGGAUGGCAAACCAACAACGUGGUCAGAGUUUCCCAAGGGUGUCAUUGUUCACACGAUGGCUUCUGUGCAAGCAAUGGGGGCCAAGGCAGAUACUGGAAACAGACAGCAGGCCAGGCCUGUGCCCUCGGAUAUCGCGGUGAUCAUGUACACAAGCGGAUCCACAGGAGUUCCGAAAGGAGUUAUGAUCUCCCAUUGCAACAUAAUUGCUGGCAUAACUGGAAUGGCUGAGAGGAUUCCGAAUCUGGGGGAAAAAGACAUCUAUAUUGGCUAUUUGCCUCUCGCCCAUGUUCUGGAGCUGAGCGCUGAACUUGUGUGUCUGUCUCAUGGGUGCCGCAUUGGUUACUCUUCACCUCAGACACUGGCUGACCAGUCCUCUAAAAUAAAGAAAGGAAGCAAAGGUGAUGUUACUACGCUGAAGCCAACCCUAAUGGCAGCUGUCCCGGAAAUUAUGGAUCGGAUCUACAAAAACGUCAUGAAUAAAGUGAAUGAAAUGACUAGUUUCCAGCGGAAUCUAUUUAUAUUGGCCUACAACUAUAAAAUGGAACAGAUCUCCAAAGGCUACAGUACCCCGCUCUGCGAUAGCCUUAUUUUCCGGAAAGUACGAAUGCUGCUAGGUGGAAAAAUUCGCAUUCUGCUUUGUGGAGGAGCUCCACUCUCUGCAGCAACUCAGAGGUUUAUGAACAUUUGUUUCUGCUGUCCUGUAGGACAGGGGUAUGGACUCACGGAAUCAGCUGGAGCUGGAACGAUCACAGAAGUUUGGGACUAUACUACAGGGAGAGUGGGAGCGCCUUUGGUCUGCUGUGAGAUCAAGUUAUUGAACUGGGAAGAAGGUGGAUAUUACAACACUGAUAAACCAUAUCCUAGAGGGGAGAUUCUUAUUGGAGGGCAAAAUGUGACGGUGGGCUACUACAAAAAUGAAGUAAGGACCAAAAAAGAUUUCUCUGUUGACGAGAAUGGGCAGAGGUGGCUCCAUACCGGAGACAUUGGAGAAUUCCAUCAAGAUGGUUGCCUAAAAAUUAUUGAUCGUAAAAAAGACCUUGUAAAACUCCAGGCAGGAGAAUAUGUUUCUCUUGGCAAAGUAGAAGCAGCUCUAAAGAAUCUUCCACUGGUAGAUAAUAUUUGUGUGUAUGCAAGCAGUUUCCAUUCUUAUGUCAUUGGAUUUGUUGUGCCAAAUCAAAAGGAGCUUGCGGAACUAGCUCGAAAGAAAGGAUUUAAAGGAACCUGGGAAGAGAUCUGUAACAGUCCUGAGAUGGAAAGAGAGGUACUGAAGGUGCUCGCUGAGGCUGCCAUGGCAGCUAAUCUGGAGAAGUUUGAGAUACCAGUAAAAAUUCGUUUGAGCCCUGAUCCUUGGACCCCUGAGACUGGUCUAGUGACAGAUGCGUUCAAACUAAAACGCAAAGAGCUUACGGCGUACUAUCAAACGGACAUCGAUCGAAUGUAUGGGAAAAAUGUCAAAUAAUUCUUUCCUCUGCACCACUUUGCUACAGUGAGCUUGGAUCAAAUAGGAAAUACUUGAAUUGCCUGUCUCAACACUUGAGAUCAACAAACGAAACCACCAUUCCUCAUCUGCAGCUUAAACUGUUAUUUCUGAUAACAUCACCGUGAUGACUGGCAAGUUGAGUAAAAUGUUACGGCAGCAAACUUGUGUCUGUCUCCUUUUUUGCAGUUUUCUCUGCUACCUUGUCAGUCUGUGGAUUUUCCCAAGUCUUUUUGGGAAACCAUGAUUCUGAAGCCUCAAGUUUUUAAGCAUUUAUAAAUCCUGUAUAAUGUUUUAUUUGUAUCUUUAAAAUUUGGAUGUAUAUAGAGAGAACUUGGCUAUAUAAGAAAUGGUUAUACUGGGGGCCUUUUUUUACCUAUUUAAAGAUAAGAAGGUAUUGAUGUUGUGAUGUUAUGUACAUUGCAAAUGCUUGUAACAAGAUCAUUGUUGAACAGAGGACCAGGUUAUUUGCUGCUGUGCUAUUUUUUGGUGUUAAUCUGAGGGAGAAAAUGUUGGACAUUCCGGCUUGUGUCAUACACCUUCAAUAUGUGCCUAAGGGUUACUUUUAAUUCUGUCUGAAGAUGAGAAGAUGGUCAUGACACAGCUCUGCAUAAAGGCAGGUACUCUUGCAGGUGUUAGUUAAAGCUUGUUUAAUACAAAAGAUGCUAUGAACACAGCAGAAAUAAAACCGAAGAAUCAUCGCUCAAAUACAGAAACUUCUUUUCUAAAUAGCUUGUGACCAUUUCAUCCAGUAGCUGAGUUGUGUAGAGCUAAUACAAACUCUCAGCACUAAUUUCAGGUGACACUUUGAGUUUGUCAGUGUCGUUUCCACAGAGGGACUGUAACAACCUUUGUCUAUUCUCGGUAGGUUUGGACACCACACGGGGUUUGCUCUUUUCUGGCCAGACCCCUGUUCUGCCCUAGCUGCAACCCAAAUCUCACUGGGGGGAUUUUUAAAGUCAUAAUGACAGUUAUGUUCUCAGCUCACACGGUGCCUAGCUGCCCUUUGUGCCAUUAAAAAUCUCCCUUUAAUUCUGUAUUCUGUUGUUUAGCAUUCUUUGCUUUAAAAGCAGAUAUUUGAAGUAUUUGUCACCCAGAGUUAUUUAUGCUGUUUGUUUUGUUACACCCAAUUCUGACUUUGGAAAGGAGUCACGAUUUCUGUUUUACUAUAGGUAUGUGAAUAUUGUUUCAAGAACCAUGGGGGGUCUUUUCUUCUUCCAUGAGAGCAUUUUAGUUUGGUUUCAGACGGGAUUUUUAUUUUCAGAGUAUUUCUAGAAAGAAUGUUUUGAACAGGGUGAAAUGAGAAUGUGAAAAAGCACACAUCAGUCAACUUUGUGUGAUGGAGCAAAUAUUAAAAUGGCUUUAAUUUGGAGAUUAUUCUCUUGUGUAUCAUUUACUUGUAGUACUAAAAAAAUCAAGGUCUUGAUGCUUACUGAGUACCUGCUGUGGUAGCACGUAACAAUUCUGAACAGCAGCAGAUUUGUUUGGGAGAGGGAGUUCCCGCUGCUGACAUUUGUGAUGUGGGAGUUUUGCAAGAUGUUUGGUACACGAAUUCCCAUUUAAAAAAAUCUGAAAUAUUAUAUAAUUUCAUGCAUUAUAGACAGCAGUUCCAUAGGAGUAGAAAUUUAUUCAGUAAGUUCCCUUAAAGGAAUCUGAGGGGAGACCUUAUCACUCUCUACAACUACCUAAAAGGAGGUUGUAGCGAGGUGUGGGUUGGUCUCUUCUCCCUGGUAGCCAGCAACAGGACAAAGGGAAAUGGCCUCAAGAUGCACCAGGGGAGAUUUAGGUUUGAUAUUAGGAGGAAUAUUUUACUGAAAGGGUUGUCAGUCCUUGGAACAGGCUGCCCGGGGAGAUGGUGGAGUCACCAUCCCUGGAAGUGUUUAAAAGUCGAGAUGCCCUACUUGAGGACAUGGUCUAGUGGUGGACUUAGCAGGGCUGGAUUGAUGAUUGGACUCUAUCUUAAAGGUCUUUUCCAACCAAAUCCAUUCUGUGAUUCUACGAUUAAGUUUUGAUGAAAUUUGUGUGCUUGAUUUUGUUAAGUUACCAUCUCUCCCACUAUUCAUGGAUUUCCCCUGCUGCUGCCUAUGAAAAUCUGUUACUGUUUUGUUGCAGCUAUUCAAAUGGAAAUAUAAGCAACAAAAAGAAAUCAGAACAGUUUUUAUGAGAGUAAUGCCUUCGGAUAUCUAGAUCUUAGAUUAAAACCUUCUGGCAAGUAGAGGUAAGGCUGAUGUUGGAAAGGGAAGAAUCUGAAUGUGGAAAUUGCGAACUGGGUAGGGAAGUGUCACACCAUGUUAGACAUUGCUAAUACUUAAACAUGCAUUUGUGCUCCAUCAACAGGCUCUUAAAUAGUUUGCACACAGCACAGGAUGUACGUCGUUCAAAUAUUUUGUUGUGAUUUUUAGUGAAAAUGAAUUAAUUGCUGAAGUACAACGUAUAUCACUUGGUGCGUUGUGCAGCAGACUGAAGAACAUAGAUCUGCUUUUGGUUAAUUCGGAAGAAAUCUGAAGUCAGUAUUUUAUUCUGCUACGGGUUUAAAUCUACUUUUGGAUAAAUUACAGAAAUGAAACUUUUUAAAAUGGUUUGAAAAUAGGUUUAGUUUUUCUAAUCCAGUCACGAGAUUGGGUUGCAGCUGAAUUCUGCACUUGAUCUACAGUUCUUUUUUUUGAUAUUUGAAAUGGAUGUCACUAUAUGUAGUUCUUCCUUCUUUAGACCUCAGUUUCAUUGUGGACAUUUAUUAUUUUUCUACAGAAUGUGAAAAUAAAGCAGUUCAUUAAUUUUUAGCCUCAGCGUUGAAGAUGGAAAGACUGCAAAAAUAGUUGUAUGGGCUUAAAAUAUUUAUGGUGAGCUUGUCUUUUCUUUUGAUUUAUAAAAUACCCAGACUUUAAUACUGCUAGAGUCUGAGUACUUCCAUGUCCCAGUGAGACCACUUGUCCUGUGAGUGCUCAGGCUUCUUGGAGUUGAGUGACCAGGGCUGUAGCGGGACAGUAAGUCAGAGCUGCUGUGCAGAUACAGGGCUUCCUUGCUCCAGCAGUCCUAGUUGUGGGUUCUGCUCUGCCUCUGAGAUACUUUUGGCUGCCACCACGUUCUCUUGUGUUCCUCAGCAGACAGACAGCUUUAGGGGAGUUUUUUGGAACACUGUGUUGAUGCCCUGCACGCCAGCCAGGGAUUUAACUGGCUCCUCUCCUUUUUUUCGGUGUCUUUCCCCACCCAGUGUCACAAGAGCAGCAGAGGUACCUGCUGGAGCAUAUUGCUCCUGUCCCAAAGGCAGCUGUAAACUAGGAAAAGUGCAGGGUUGAAAAGAAACAGUCCCCAUCGCAUGGGGAAUUUUGUAAUGGAACGAGACGUAACUUUGAAACAGUCUUUCUGAGUUCAAACUAAGAACAAGGGGUAAGUACUUCACCUGAGGGAUCCCAAAAGGGGGGGAUUUUUUUACAAAGCUUAUGUAAAUAUGGACUUCCCAGGACUCUGAAUCAUUGGAAAUUGUAACUUAUUCUGUUGUGAAAAUUUACCUAUUUUGUUAUGAAAAGUGACUGACCAAGAAAUUCCAAGGAUGCUGUCAAUCUCCUUUGAAUUCCUACAAUUAUAUAAAGCUAUUCCAGGGUUUUAGGCUAAAUUCAAUCUAGACGCCUGAAGUGUUCUUUGCAGAAAAUAGCUUUUCUGGAUUAGGUUAGGAACCAACAAAUUCCAUGUCAGAAAAGACCUUGCACGUUUACCAAUGCCGCUGCUACUGCAGGUCACACACAAGCGGGACUGCAGCUCAGCGGGAAGCUGUAUCUUGGCAGUAAGGCAUUGUGCUGAAAGGAAAGCAAAAACCAACGUGUAGCUGAAGCUAAGAACAUUAUGCAUCCCUACGUCCUCUUGGUUUUAUAGACAGGAUGCAGAGAAGGGUAUGGAAUUGAAACCAUACGUUAAAAAUGUCCUGUAAAGCUUGUAAGUUUGUGCAGAAAUUGCGAUAGGACAUAAGACUCCUUUGCAAUAACCCUUUUCCUGCUAAAAUUCACCAGCUUUUAUUCUGUACUAAAAACUACAUUUAGGCGAUGCAAUGCAGCAUUUUUAAUUUUUAUUAAUGUGAUGUAUUAACUACUUUGGACUCAGUAUCAAAUUGUGUACAUCUGUUUCUUUACUGGUAAGAGGAACAGCCUUCAACUUGCAUACACCUUGGACCAGGCUGAAGCGUGAAUUGAAUGACCAGUUGUAUAUUAUUGUAAUUGGUUAUUUAAUGUAAACUCAUUUUCAGUGUGAUCUUGGUUGUUACUAUGAAAUGCUUGAACAUUGUAUAUCCUAAUUGAGUUAUAUUGUAUGAAUUAUUUAUUUGUAAUUGGGUAUCAUGUUUCAAAAAUAAAAUUAAUUUCUCAA